AUGCAAUGCACAAGAAUCAUCACGAGGAACAUUCCCCAAGUCCGAAAACAACGCCAAAUCCAAAACCCACGCAUGACCCUCGUCGCCAGCCCUGUUCCCAGUCACAACCCAACCAUUGACUCGGAGCGAUUACCAUACCGACUAUACGAGCUAUCACUCAAGAAGAUCAGAAAAGAAGCACAUGCCGCCGAGCCAGAUCUCCGCCAUGUCAUUGCCGGUAUUUCCAUGCAAAAAGUCGUUGCCGGGGCAGUUCAUGAUGAUCUUCUUCAUAAAGUUGAUAUGCUAGAAGAGAAACACCCCCGGCGGUUCCCCAUCAUGCCUGGCUGUGAUGAGCCGUGGGAACAUGAAGAGGUUGCUUCUGAUGCGAAGCAUAAUCCUAGUGCUUGGGAUAUGGAGUCUCUUGAUCAGGCUUUGUGUGAGAUGGAGCUUGCUAGUCGGAAGGGGGAGGUUGCCAAGACUGUUUGUUGGCAGUUGAUUGGAGAGAUGUAA